CCCGGGCUGGUGGGGUCCGGUCCCGGUGUGUCAGCCCCUCCCCCCCGGGCUGGUGGGGUCCGGUCCCGGUGUGUCGGUGGCCGGGAUCUGAUCGGUUAUAAACUGGCGAGCGGCGCGUGGAGGCGGUGCGCGGCCCUCGCGCUCGGGGGUCACCGCCUGCGCGGUGACGUGCGGCCGCGCCGACACCUGCACACCAGCGUGGACCUCUGUGCUAAAAACCUACUGAAGAGAUUCCUCUCCAAACCGAGAUACAAGAAGAAGUUUUGGUAUGAAAGCCCUGUACUGGGUUCACAGCUGCUUUACAAGCCCUCAAGUUUGGAGAAUUUAUUGAAGCCUCUGCAGAAGACAAAGAAAGAUGAUACAAUACGAAAACGAACACUCAAUAAUGUUUUCCACAAAGCUAUUGCGGAACUGUUUAGCACUCAUGAGAUUAGCCCCGAAGUGUAUGACCUCAAUGUGGAGAUCUCCAAGGUCCUGCUGACUUCGGAUUUUUCAGCAUGUCGCGUUUACUGGAUAACAAGUGGUGUUGCAGAUAAAGAUGAUCACAUUCAGCAAGUCCUAGAAAGAAAUGCUGCCCGUAUAAGGCACCUUCUCAUUACUCAUCAAGUCAAGGGCAACAUUCCUUCAGUGGUCUUUGUUAGAGACAAGGAAUUUGCAAUAGUAUCUGAGGUGGAAAGAUUGUUAGAACUUGCUGACUUUGGCCCUGAAGAAAAGACGCUGGAUGUGGAACAAACCCAGGACUUUAGUGAGGUUGCUCCAAACAGUUCCUCAGAGUGUAUAGUUUCUCCAGCAUCUACUGCAGUCUUGUCUGACCUGCCUCCAACUCAUAACAUUAAUCUUUUUGGUAUCGACCAUGAUUUACUUAACAAGCAAAUACUUGACUACAAAAAGAGGAGCAGUGAAAAAUUGUUUGAAACAAAAACCUUUGCAUUGGCAGAACAGCAGCAAGAACAACUAGCUCUUCUUAGAAAACUGAAGAGAAUCAAGAAGAAAAAGACAAAAUAUGGAUUUGAUGAUGACAUUACACCUGAAAGAUUCUUGUCAGAAAAAUAUAAUGCAGAAACUAGAACACGUGAUGUGUUUUCAGACGGCGAAAAGGAACUAAAAGGGAUUGAUGAGGAAAUCAAUGAGCUGGAAACAGAUGAUGAAGAGGAUCGAAAAUAAACUAAAAUCUAUAGAAAAAUGUACUAAAUGAAUAAAGUUGUAAAGCAAUACUUAUACAUGAAA